CUGGGGAAGCUGCUGGGAACAUUCGCCCUAGGGCUUGAGCUAAACUAAGAAAAAUCGGUACAAGGCUCAGCACAAAAGGCUCUUUCAUUCCGGUCCUUUCACCCACGCAGGGAACGAUGCCUCUGGAGGUGGUGGUGGAGUUGCACAUCCGGGCGGUUUCUUGCCCAGGGGUGUUCCUGCCCAGCAAGCAAGCUGUGUACCUUGGCGUCUACUUCCUGAAUCAGUACCUGGAGACGGACUGCUUCCCCGCUGUGUUCCCUAUUAUAAUCCAUCAGAACCUGAAGUUUGAAAAGGUAUUCGAAAACGCAAUAGAUCCUGGAGCUGUAGCAGACAUUUUAGAAGGCUUCUUAACCAGAUUUGAGUUAAUACAGCUAGUACCUCCAGUGUGGGAAAAGUUGGCCUACUAUGAAGAAAACACAAGGGAUUUUCUUUUCCCGGAGCCCAAGCUGAGACCCUCACACCCGGGCACGUGUCGGGAGGUGCUCAUGAGGACGGCUGUAGGCUUUCCAGGCAUUGCUCCCAAAUUAGAGUUUUCUACAAGGACAGCCAUCAGAGAACGUGUGUGCCUUCAUAGAAACCGAUUUCUUGAAGACAGACUUAAUCCACAAAGGCCCUUAUCUGCAUCACCUGGACCAAUAUUCCCCCUAUACAGCACAAAGACGAAGCCCAAAGGAAAGAAUCUCGACAGGGUACCCCGAGGCCUCCAGUCCCGGGCGCCCUCUCCAUAUCCUACCAGGCGUCUCUUCCAGGACCAGCCAACUCAUUUGAACUUUGGAAAUAGUUUCAAAAUCUCCAGAGAAAUCAAGCCUCCAUUUGUAGUUAGACACGUGGACAGUGCAAAGCCCUUCGGUGAGGCUGUUUCAGAGCACCAGUCUCGAAAGGCUAGAAGAAAGUGCAAGUUGUCAGACUUUCCAUUUCCAACGAGAAGAGCUUCUUCUCUCGACAGCCUUGCAGCUAACGUCAAGGUUAUCAAGGAGCCAGAUGAGCGGAUUGUUCUCAGGAACGACUCACUGUCACCUUUAGAUUCCAGUAAGUUUGGAAAGCCCUCGCCCAGUUACAGUAACCAAGGGGAUGCCGACUUCCACCGGAAAACUUCGUUUGCCACCUCCCAGCAUUCCAGGUCACCCAGCCCGCUUCUGGAUCAGCCCCUCCUCCGAGAAAGGUUCCACCCUAGCUUUCAAUCCCUGUGGAAGAAGAUCCAUGAGAGGGUGUGCAGUCUUCUGACAUCCCACAGAGCUCAGCAGCCAAACCAAACCAAGAAAGAUCCUACCUCUGAAGAAAAUUCCAACCUUGACAGGCAAGGCUACCCUCAGAAGGAAUACCCACUGCAUGAGCAGAGAUAUUUUUAAACUGCUGCCUUAGGAUGUGAUGUUUCAAAUUUUGCGGGAAAAUGAAUGUGGAUGGAAGCUGAAGGAGGAUCGUAAAGAACCCACCGAUGGAGUCACUGACAUACCCUUAGGGAAAGGAACAACCGUUUUUGUUAUCUGUGUCAAACCACUGGUACCUAACCCCUUCUAAAUCCAACCUUGUACUCAGUCUUUUGUACCCAGGUAAGAGCUGUUGAUUAAAGUACUUGCUGUUUCGGGCUCAGGUUUGGUGUCAGGCUGGAACGUUUGUUUGAACUCGUGUGCUUGUUUUGAGCGUGAAGAAGAAAAUAACAGGGGUUGGGCGGCAGAUGGGUUUUCAUCUGAAUAGCGUUUCUUAGAAUUCUAACGAAAAUGUCAAGAUGCCUUUUUAGGUGUUCUUCACUGUUGGCAGUGGAUAUGUUCAUGAGAAGUUUUGGGUGUUUGCUUGUUUUUUAAAAUCAGUUUACAUUUCACACAAGCUAGAGGGAGCCGCCAUUUAAAGGAAUGCCUUGAUGAGGUCUUCGGGAGAGGCCUGUCAGCCUGAUGUUCUCUUCUUGGUAAAUCUGUUUUUUGGGUUUCUUUGGUUUUGAGUGUCAGGCUUAAUCGACAUGAAGUCCACUGAAACCCUAGGAAAAGGGAGCUUUACAGCUGGAGAAUUCAGGCCUUAUUAAAUUUAUAUGGUACAGGUUGGAUUUCAAUAAUAACAGUAAUAAGAGGAGGCCAGUUUCUUUGGACUGUGGU